CGCGGUCGGUGUGGCUUGAGUGACACCCAUCCGCCUGCGCGAGGGACGCGGGGACGGAGAUCGCCGUGGGACCGGCUAUGAAGCAGUUGGCGCAGGAUCUGAAAAUGGAGUGUGAUGUCCUGGACGCGCUGGAGGCUUUGGGAUACAAAGGCCCUCUUUUGGAUGAAGAUGCCCUUAGUAAAGCAACAGAAAGUGGUCUGGCUUCCCAAGACUUCUGUGAACUUUGUGUUUGGUUAAGUUCCCAAAUACAGCCAUUGUGUAAUCUAGAAGAAAGCAUCUCCUCAACUAAUGGUAGUGAAGAUGUUGAAAGUUUACAGCUCGAGUUGAGUGGCUUUUUAAAAGAAUUGGCUUGUCCAUAUUCUACGCUCGUAUCCGGAGAAAUUAAAGACAGAUUAAAAAAAAGAGAGGAUUGUCUUAAAGUUUUGUUAUUUUUAAGCACAGAACUGCAGGCUUUGCAGAUAACACAGUUCAAGCAACAUAAAGGUUCUUAUUUGAUAAAAAAUAAUGAAAUCCACCAAGAAAUCCAAAAGAUUUGUGAAGUCUUGAAUAUACCGAAGUCAGCAUCCUCUUCAGACAUUCACUCCCUGCCUGUAAUAUUAAGCAAUAUAGAAUCAAAGGUUAAGGACAAUUUAUCAAAAGUUCCAAAUACUCAAGUGGGUAAACCCCUGCUGAAAGCGGCUUUAAAUCCAGAACAAAUGGAAAAACUGGAAGAAAUCAAUGACACUCUUCGCAGUGAAUAUGAAUGCCGGCGGCGUAUGUUAAUGAAGCGUUUAGAUGUCACUGUACAGUCCUUUGAAUGGUCUGAUAGAGCAAAGGUGAGAACAGAUGACAUUGCAAGGAUUUAUCAGCCCAAACGUUACGGACUCUCUUCUAAAUCAUCUAUCUCCAUAUCCCAUCUUUUAGCUGCUCGGGAGGACUUAUCAAAGAUCAUAAGAACAAGCAGUGGAAUUUCACGUGAAAAGACUGUGUGUGCAAUUAAUAAGGUCUUGAUGGGAAGGGUACCAGACCGUGGAGGCAGACCAAGUGAAAUCGAACCACCACCUCCUGAAAUGCCUCCAUGGCAAAAGAGGCAAGAUGGUGGUGGUCGAGGAGGAGGAGGAAGGGGGGGUUGGGGAGGAGGAGGAGGAGGCAGGGGAGCAGGUAGGGGAGGUGGUGGUGGUGGUUGGGGAGGAGGGGGAGGGGGUUGGGGGGGAGGAGGAGGUAGGGGAGGUGGUGGCAGUGGUGGUGGCUGGAGGGGAGGAGGGGGUGGUGGUUUCCAAGGGAGGGGUGAUUACAGGGGGCGAGGUGGAUAUGGAGAAUCAUAUGGUGGAAGAGGAGGAGGAGGAUAUGGAAGGUACUAGCACAGUCAGUUAUGUUAAGUGGUCUGGACUGCUUCCUGUGCACAGAAUACCCAGACUAAAUUAUAGCUGGCUAAGCAGCAUGAGAUCUCAACCACCUUGAUUCUCCUUAUUGAUGAAUUAUUGUCAUUCACUUCACUGUAGAGCCCUUUGCACAUACACGUCCAUUUAUCACACAUGGUAAGCUCUAUGUCAUUGGAAACCAUGAUUUGUGGAGAGUUCCUAUGUUGAAAUUUGCCACCAAAGAAACACUAAUGACCUUGGCACUCUGAAUACUAAACCCACAGAUUAUGUGCUGUUUUUCUCUGCAGAAGUGAUAUCCAUGUAGAAAAUAUGUCGUGUAUGUAAUGGCUCUACUCGUUUUGAUUAUGAAAAAUUGUUAAAUAAGCAGGGGCUUUUUGACACUGUUUAGGUGCAUCUGCAUUUCUAAUUUAAGAUUAUCAGAUGAGAAUUAUGAAUAUUGUAUCCGUUUAUACUACAGUGAUUGCCUUACAAAAAACAGUACUGGAAAGCACAGUAUGCUAAAAUUGGCUUUCAAACAAUUAUGGAGAAAGUGGUGUGUGCUUAUCAUUAGAAAUGGAACUUCUCGCCCAUGUAGUCAACAUUUCUCAGUGGGGAAGAACUGGGAAGUGUGUUUCAAAUCUUAAUAAGCGAAAUACCUGAUCAUCAUGCAUUCUAUAAAAGUUGCUCCCAAGAUCCUGUGCAAGUCCUUAGUUUAUGUAUGUAAUUUCACUGAAAGAAACUAGGGACCAGAGAACUGUCAGAACCAGAAAUUAUUAAAAUGGAUUCCUGUUUUGGAGACAAAAUUUGAACUGCUUUGCUGUGUUUGGUGACAUGGGCUUGAAUGGGUGGCAGUAAACGCCUUUUGGCUCAUCUACCAUGCUAUCUAGGCCACUGCUUGUCUUACUUUUAUCUAAAUAUCCUUCUUUGGCCUUAUCAGGUUUCCUUAGAUUAGUUGUACCCUUCAUAACUUUGGCUAACACACGACGUAGCACUUUGGUUGGCUGUGCUGCUGCCAGAAUUGCAUUUUCAUUAAAUGCAAAUUUUUCAGUAGAGCGAAACUGUUUGAGACACAUGUGACAGAUAGGUUGCUUACCUGUAACCAUGUUUCUUCGAGUGGUCACCUGUGAAGUUUGCACCUGUGGUAUUUCCUCAUCCACACAGCUGAUUUGGAUCCUUCUUGCAAACUUUUUAUUUAAGGAACUCCAGCCCUGCCCAUCCCUUGAGAGUAUAAUGUAGCUGCCAGGGCCUGGAGCCUCAGUUCCUGGACCGCAAAGCAGCAGCCAAGAAAGAGGGCAUGACCAUGUGGGCAGGGUGGGUGGGUCGUGCAAAUUUCACAGGUGACCACUCAAGUAAUACGGUUACAGGUAAGCAACCUAUCUUCCACAUGGUCACUAUGAAAUAUGCACCUGUGGUAGACUAGCAAGCUGUCCCACGAAUGGUGGGCAUCAUGCCAGAACCAAAAAUAACACUGCUCUGCCAAGAGCCGCAUCCUUUUUAGCGAGAAGGUCCAACUUAUGAGAAACAAAAGUUUGCAGUGUUGACCAGAUGGCCACCCCAACAAAUGUCUUGCAGCGGAACAUCCUUCAAAAAUGCUGUAGAUGCUACAACUGCCCAUGUUGAAUGGGUGUGUACUUAAGCAGAUAAGUCCAGCUGGGCUAACUGAUAUGAGAGCUGUAUCGUUGCCACUAUCCAAGCUGAGUCUUUUAGUAGAUACUGGAAGGCCCACUACACCAUUGCAACAUUUCAAAAAUAAUCCAGAUGACUUCCUGAGAGGGGCUGUUGGCUGAACACAAAAUGCAAAGGCCCUACGCACGUCAAGGCAAUGUAGAGAGCGCUCCAGUGGAGUUGAGGGCUCUAAGAAGAAAGCUGGGAGAACAGUGUCAUGAGAUGUGAAAUCUCGAUGCCACCUUAGGUAAAAAGGAAACAUCUGGUCGGAAAAUUACCUUCUCUCUGUGAAAACGAAGCUAAGGUUCAUCUACCUGAAGGGCAGUGAGCUCACCUGCUCAACGUGCAGAGGUAAUCGCUACUAAAAAUUCUGUCUUCCAAGAGAGGUGAGAGAUAUGAGAUGUAGCCAUAGGCUCAAACGUUGGCCUUGACAGAGCUGACAAGACAACCUCCAGCCGCCAGGAUGGAGGCACUGGAGCUAUCUGAAGGCAAAGGUUCUUGAAACCUUGUAGGAAAGUCCUGACGAGAGGGUCCGCAAAUGGAGAAGGAAGCUUUACGUCUGUAAUGAGCUAUAGCUGCCACAUAGCAUUUAAUGGAAAACAGAGAAAGGCCACUAUCAGAGAGUAAAAAGCCGAGAAGCGGAGUGCAUGCUGAGAGGGGAUCAACUCCUCGCUCCUGCAUGAAAGAGAUGAAAUAGCGCCUCUUGUUGGCAUAUGAUUGUUUUUUGGUCAGGCAAGUGCGCGCAGUUCAAGAUGUGUCUUAGGGGCUGUGAGAGGGACAUGGUCUGAUCUGCCAUGUCAUCAGUCUCAGGUUCUUGAUCUCUGAGUUGAAUAGGGAAUGUUACCCCUUCUGGAAGUCAGGAGAUCUGGUCUGAGUGGCAACGAUACGAAGUCGCCCUCAGCCAGGUGCAGGAGCAUGAUGAGCCCAAGAGACUGUAACAGAGAUAGGGUGAAUUCAAGAUGAAUCUGAAGCUGCUUUGGGGAAUGUGCCACGAGUAACCAAUAAUUAAUAUAAGGAUACACAACUAUGCCGUUAGCCCUGAGGUGAGCUGCCACUACCGCCAUUACAAGGGUGGGAAGAGUAGCACGAACAGUACCCACAGGGGGCAACUCAAAGAAUUCAGUGUCAUACCCAUGCUCCACCACACCAAGCACCCAACUGUUUGUAGUGAUCUGGCACCAUUUAUCCAGAUAUAGACUGAGUCGUGCUCCAAAUAAGGGCCAAGCAGGGUUGGAAAGAGAGGAGUAAGAAGGGUUACCAUCACCAAAAGAAAGUGGGCUACCCUCCCCGCCUAAAGGUGAGGUCGUAAUGCCGCUAAAAGUGGCGCUUGUCAGGGUCUUAGUGUCUCCCUUUACCCAGCUGACGUGCACCUAGUAGUGUUAGAGGAUUUAGAGGCCUCCCAGCAGAGGGUCUGUAGGAUGGUCCCCAAGCGGGCUUAUGGUACUGGGAGUAUAGAGAGGGCCAUUUAGAUCCUGGAGGAUAGGAAUAUUGCAGUGGAAAACCAAAGUUGUUGGCUGCUUGGUGAAGUUCAUGGAAUAUCUUUAAUUGAGUGUCUGUAUCUGGAUGGAAAAUGCAGUUCCGAUCCAUGGGAAGAUCCUCAGCUAUUGCCCUGUCUUCUUCAGACAACGUGGUAGAUCAUAACCAUGCAUUUCUUCUCAUUGCUUUGAUGGGAGCAAAUAGUUUGUCUGCAGUAUCGGCUCCAUGUUUCGCCAUAUCUUUCUGGAGACCCAAAAGGGCCAAGGCCUCCUGAUGUAGAGCAUGAGGGAGACGAUGCUGAUGAUUCAGAAGGGCAUUGAUGUACGGUGUUAUCUUAUUCCACAAGGCUGAGAGAUAAACUGCCAUAUAAGUCUGGUGAUGCGUCAUAUGGAUAAACAAGCUGGCUACAAGAUUAACCUUCUUCCCGCAGGCAUCCAUCUUUUUGCCCUCCUUAUCAGGGGGGCUGGCCUGGGGUCUUUUGACUUUCUUGGGCUGAAUCACCUUGACCACUAUAGAAUUAAUCUUCAGGGGUUUUUGCAAUCACCCUGCUGCUGUGGUGUCAAUCCAAUAUAAAGCGUCAAAUUGCCUGGAGACUGAGUAAGUUGCAGCUGAUAUGGCAAUGCUGGGACAACUGUAGGAAACCAAUAGUGCUGUUGUUCUGCCGGAACAUAAGAUCCUCAACCGGUGUUGGUGGUGGAACAGAAGGAAAACUUAGAGUACGAGCCAAGCAAGUUAUGACUGCAGUAAAGCUGGCAGGCUCCUCAGGAGGUGGAGAGGUAGGAAAGAAGAUCCUCAUCAGAAGCUGAAUGUUCAGAGGAGUCUGAAUCCAAAGCAGACUCCAGGUCAUAGUAAGUUGGGGGUAAAGCCUGAGGGAAAAGAUCCUGCAGAAGAAGAUGGAAAGUUCUGCCAAGCAGCUGGAAAUGCCUGAGGCUGAGGCAGAUAAUAAACCCAUCCCCCUUGAUGAGGUGAGCCCCACUAAGUGUAAAAGGGAGGGGGUAGGCAGGAGACUGAAUAAUACAGAGGAAGUUGCAGCUUCCUUGGAGAAGCAACAUCCAAUUGACCGAGCAGAGAGAGCCAAGGAAGGGCCCUCCAAAGGGUUCUCAUCAGCAGGCAGAACGUUAGAUGGCUGAUUUCGUGCUUGUUGCUGGCUUGGGAAGCUGUCAGUCAUUUCCUGCAAAGGUGGCGUGACUGCCGAGGAGCACCCCUCCUCCGAGGAGGCUCCAGCAAGUGAGGGAUUGCAGGAGUGUCCACACCCUGCGCCAGCUCCAGCUAAGGAGAGAGCACUGGCGGUCCUGCAGGCAAGGGGUGGGGCCUCACUGAGAUGAGUCCUCUUUGACCUCUGUUUUUCUAUUAGUUUUCCAGCAGCAUUUUGCAGGCGGUGGUGCUGGUUCUUGGAUGACGCUAGAGAGCUUGGGAUCAAGCCUCUUGGUGCUCUUUUUCACUGACUUUUGUGGCAAAGCCAACACUAAAGUUAAGACCGGAGGCCCUUCCAAAGCCAGAGGGGCCAAUGAGGGAGUUGCUGCUUGGGUUGCCGCAGGCAUGGCAGCGACCACAUGCUGCAGGUGGGAGGGAGUUAACCGAUCCUCUCCCUGACAUAGAAGGCAAAGGGAAUGAGGAUCACCAUUCAGGGAGCUUCCCUGGGAAGGCCAGACAACGCUGUUGAGACAUAGUAGCCUGAGGAUAGAGGAAGAGAUGAAAUCAGGGCCGGUUCUUAAUGGAGGCCCAUGAAACCACCGCUUCGGGCACAGCCCUUGCUGGGCGCUCUCAAAGCGGUGGCAGCGGCAGCAGCGACCAUCAGGUCGCUCGCCGCGGAACAAGGAAGUCCUUGCUAUUCUCGCGAGAUCUCACAGAAAUAUCGCGAGAAUAGCAAGUACUUCCUUGCUCCGCGGCGAGCAACCUGAUGGUCGCCGCUGGUAAGUUGGGGGGGGUGCAUAAUUUCGGGGGGGGGGGGGGUGUACAUACUGAAAAAACCUAGGGCCGUUCCUGGAUGAAAUCAAACAAUCCAGGUCGAAUGCCGAGGAAAACAAAUUCAAAGAGAGGCUAAAGCCUAGUCGUUUAAAGGAUCCUAUGGUCAGUAAAUCCGUUGUAAGAUAGUAAAGGAAUAAAAUCCAGAUGCUGCUGCUUUCGUGAAGAAAAGGAACUGAGGCUCCCAGCAGUUGUAUUAUAUUCUCAUGGUUAGGUGGGGCUGGAGUCCCUUAACAAAGAGCUUGCAAGAAGGAUCCGAAUCAGCUGCGUGGAUGCAGGAAAUACCACAGGUGCAUAUUUCAGAGUGACAACGUGGAAGAAACACCCAAUACUUUGCAAGCCUUUUUGUAUCUGGAAUAGUUACAUUUUCCAAAAUGUGAUGCACUGUUUGAGGAGAACCCAUUUCAAUUAAGAACAAACAUUCUGCAAGUGUCUUAUUAGCUUUGUCAGUGAUGAGUCCUUGCUCAUCUUCUUCAGCUAUGGCAACCCAAAAGGACUAUGCUUGUUCUUUUACAAUUUGCUCAGCUGUUUCUUUUUUAUGCUGAGUAUCUUCAGAUAUUAGAGCAGAUAGUUUGUUGAUCCCUUUCAGCAUCCGCCACUCAUUCUUCUCAUUUGUGAAGAUGUUGCUGGAAGUGUUUCCCUUUUGUCAAAUGAUUUUUAAGUGGACACAGUCCUACAAGUCUGAGAAGCAGGUCCUGCUAAAUUUCCUGUUAGUUUUAGGUACAUUAGGCUUUCUUGUUGCAGUAACGUAAUUAUUAGCACUGGCUGGAACAGUCUAUAACACUGGCUUCCACUUUCUGACAAAGUUUAUUUGGGCUCCUCCUUCAUGCACUGAUGUACUUUUGGCAAACUGAUUCUCAGGAUCAGGCUCGGGCUGGCUAAUAAAAACUUUCACAGGAGGCAUGGUCUGAACUGGGGUUAUAGCCUCAACCUUAGAAGCACCUACUGUGCAGGUGAUUUGGGUAUCCUCAGCACAAUUACUAUUGCUGUAGAUCCUGUUCUCACCACUUAGGGGGAGCAGACAAGGAACUCCUACUCCACACAUUCCCCAGAACAUUUCUAAAGGAGUUGAUCUUAGAUGGCACUAUCUUACCCUGAUAUGAGCCAGGCACACGGUUCUCAGAGAGUAUUGGGUGUACAGUAGAGUUCUGGUUAUUCGACAUAAACGGGAGGGCCGAAUGUUGAAUAACCAGAUCUGACGGAUAAUAGGGAGGCCCUAUUAUCUGGCAAGCCGGUUGAAGGAAGCGCCCCGUGCGCAUUGCUAGGUAGCUUGCUAUCUACCUAGCAACACGCACAGGCAAUUUCCUAAGCCGAGUUCUCGCUCCUUGGGAGGUGCCCAUGCGCGUUGCUAGGUAGAUAGCAAGCUACCUAGCAACGCGCACAGGUGCCUCCCAAGGGGGGGGGGCGGCAAGCACUCAGCUUAGAGAAGUGCCCCUGCGCGUUGCUAAGUAGCUUGUUAUCUACCUAGCAACAUAAACGGGCUCUUCUCUAAGAUGAGUGCUCACUGCCCUACCCCUUGGGAGGCGCCUGUGUGCGUUGCUAGGUAGCUUGCUACCUACCUAGCAACGCACACGGGCACCUCCCCAGGGUUUUGGCAUGUCGGAUAAUACGGAGUGUCAGUUAACCGGAACUCUACUGUAGUUGAAUUCUCCGUUUUUCAAUUAUUUGCUUUUUGACAGUCUGUUUUUUUAGACCCUUUUCAAUUAUAACUAGGACACAUACGUACAAUUGACUUAAAACACAACCAAUGUUAAAUACAAUUUAAUUAAAAUAAAACUGAUGCAAAACUCAAAUGAUUUAAAAAGAAUCAAAUUGAAACAAAUUUAAAAUACAACACACUUAAAAAUGUGAUAGUCUAGAUCAGGGCUUCUUUUAUUUUUCCACUUGGGACUCAUUUUGGCCCAAGGAAUGUUUACAUGACCCUGGGUAUGUAGUAGGCUUGUGCAUUUCAGCUGAACCUCAAUCCAUUUCUACUGGCCGAAUUCUGGGAGACCUGCAGAUCUGUUUUUGCGCACCUCUCAAAAACCAGCGGGCUGCCGAUUAGCUGUUUUUGGUCCACAAGCGAAAGAUCCGGCCCAUUGGUGAGAAUGGGGAACUUGGAAGGCUCCCAUUUCCAUUCUUGGGAUGCUUUCCUUUCUUCAUUUCAAGGGAGCUUGGGUUUGAAGAAUAGGAUUAAGGAAGCAUCCUUCCUGGGACCCUUUCCUUAGAUUGUGUAAGACACAUCACAGCAUUCUAUUCUGAUUGGUCCAACAGCAGGCUCACAAAGAAUAUUUGUAUUGACAAUACAGGAUUUUUUUUACUUCAAAUGACCGAGAAAUGUUAUCUCCCCUCCCCCCCCCCCAAAAUGUAAGUUCAUAUUUAUAAGGAUGAGUAACCAUUGGUUUCCAGGUGUUUUCCCCCAAAAAUUUCAUCUUGAAGAGCUCAUGGUGAGGGAUCAUGGAAUCUGUAGUCCAGACUAGCUGGGGUCAGAAGUGCUUUUAGCUGCCCUUUUUUUUUGGCGUCGUCAUCAAGACCAGGAAACUAUAACCCUUGCUCUACUAUAGAAGUGAAAAAGCAAUGACUUUUUAUGUCAAUUGCCCUGGCAUCAGUUACCUACUUUUAUCAGGCCUCAUUUUCUAUUAUUCCUCACCUGGGAAAACAUACAUAUUUUUCUUCUGUCUCAUUGAGAGAUGCAUGUACAGACGCAUCUUAGUCUAGAAUUUUAAAUGUUAGAGUGACUAGAGCAUCUCUAGUUAGUCAUGUUUGGAAAUAUCUCCCCAGCCAGGUAGGAAAGCAGAAAGCUUUUAUUGGCUUUUAAAUGGUUAAUUUUUACAAAAACUUCCUGUGUUUUCCCAAGAUUGGAAAAUACUUGAGACAAAGUUGAUCAUGGCCAAUUGGUAUUUUGUCAACCUCUAAGAAUGCAAUAAAUUAAUCUCUUAAUUUUGAGGAUUUCUAUAAAUUUUGUAUGGUUUUCAACUGAAUGCUGUGUUUUGUAACACUAGAGUUUUAUUUAAAUAGUUUGUGCUAUCAGUUCAGUUUUAUGUUCUAGCGUUUUCUUUUGAAUGUUUAUAUGAAUGGAGCAACUAUGAAAAACUGUUUUUAUGGAUGUGUGGAGAAUAUUAUCUGUUAAAAAGUAGGUUGUUUACAUUAGUGAGCACUGAAAUAAAGUAUGGGGAAGUUGU